AUGACGCGCGCUUCAACGCCUCUGUCCCUUCUCCAACUCCAAAACGCCGAUUCUUUAUCCUCUCAAGCGGCGCUCCUUCGCAGCCUCAAGAAUGAAACAAUUGGCCACGACCAGCGAAAAGUGAUCUAUGUCAAGAGGGGCAUCAUCCCAAUUCUCACCAAAGUCCUCACAGCGGGGAAACUGCAUGGGAGGAACAAUGUGGCGACGGAGCUCAAUGGAGCUGUCAACCAACCGUCGGCCGUCAAGUCGGACGGAGAUGAGGCAUGCCACCAGGCGAUCAUCAUUCUUGGCAGCCUAGCACAAGGCGGCCCAGCGUUCCUCGCGCCCAUUCUCGAAAGCAAUUUACUCCCGGCUCUCCUGUCUCUUCUUUCUUCGCCCGACUGUCCUUCCUUCCUCCAUCUCCCAAUCCUUCGGACGCUCAAUAGCAUCGCAGAUCGGCUCCCACUGCAGAGUCAGCAGCAAUCCUACAAGGAUACACGUGUGGCAGAUCUGCUCUUCUCAAAGGAGCACGUCGGCUGCCUGGCUCGCAUUAUCGGGCAGGAUUAUGUCUCUUACCAAGCGCAGGCCUCGAUUGAAUUGGCUGCUGCCCUGAUCGGGAAACUCUGCACAGAAGAGGCUCACAAGACAAUCCUGGCUGAUUCUGGAGUGUUAGAUGCCCUCGGCGUCAAAAUCGCUGCGUUCGUGGUCGCGCAAGGAUUCGUUCUGCCGGGCGCGGAGGAGCACGUCCAAGAGCCUGGUGCGCUGGGAUCAUUGCCUUCUCCAGCUCCUUCGGGUGCCAAAUUGGCUCCGAUCCUUCGCGCGGUCACCGUCAUCAUCGAACACUCCAAAUGGCGAGCCGAGCACUUUCUUUCGUCGCCUGGCAUAGUCACGGUUUUCCCCAAACUGUUACCCGAAUUCGCUCCGUCGGACAUCAAGAGGGGACCCUGGGGGUCCACAUAUUUCUCGGGCUCGGCAGUCCCGCGACAUGCUGGCAUUAGUCCACUCGAGAGUCUGCUCCCAGCGGUCCCAUUAUCCCCAACAGGCGCCCCGGCCACCACCACGACCACCACCAAUUUCCCGCCCUUGGGGCCGCAGACUGCGCGCCGUCGGUCCAGUCACUCUUUCCCCACCUCCUUCUCGCUCUUUGACUCGUCUACCGAUGAGGAUGAGAAUCCUGUGGUUCCCUGGCUCUUGUACAUGGUUCGUGCGGAGAAUGGCAUGGUUCGGCUGAUGGCGGCUCGCCUUGUCACUGUUCUGUUCCGGCUCGGCCUCGCCAAGAAGCAUCGAGUGUCCGUGUUCUCAUAUCUGCUGAUUCCGAUCCUUAUACGGAUGCUUGACAAGGACUACGAGAUACCAGACGACGAUGGCGCAGAAUACGGGGGCUUGAUCUCCGCCACUCUGCGCCUCAGGGAGGAAGCACCGGCCGUACUCGCGAUUCUCGUGAUUGACGACCAGGAAUUACAGAAGCAUGCCGUCGAAGGAGGUGCAAUCAAGCGGCUAUCGCAGCUGCUUAAGGAAUCGUACAAUCCCAUUCAGGACAGUUCCCACCCCAUGUGGCAGCCGGAAGUCGAGGAAGACAUCCCUGCCGCCGAAGUGCAGCCGGCAGAGUACAACCUCGGUCCCCCGGGGUACUCCCCCACUCACUGCCAUGUCAUGCGAUACCGCGAGAAUAUCCUCAAAGCACUCGCGGCUCUCGUUCCUUUCAAGGAUGAAUAUCGCAAGCUCGUUUGCGAGAACGGAGUGGUGCCGUACAUCAUUGAUUCCCUCAAACCGUGCCCUAGCGAUGCACCGGUGGACACCUCCAACCCCAAGAACACUGCUGCUGAUGGCAACCCGACACCGACCCUUCUGGCCGCUUGUGGCGCUGCUCGAAUGCUCACGCGGUCUGUGAGCGUUUUGAGGACUAGUCUAAUUGACGCAGGAGUUGCAACUCCUUUGUUUGUCCUUAUCCGACACCCGGAUGUUGAGGUGCAAAUUGCUGCAACUUCGGUAAUUUGCAACCUUGCGCUGGACUUCAGUCCAAUGAGAUCAACAAUCCUCUCCGCCGAUAUUCUCCCCGUCCUUUGCGAACACGCGCACUCAUCUAACACGAAGCUUCGCAUCGAGUCACUAUGGGCUUUGAAACAUAUCGCUUGCAAAUCGACCAACGAUAUCAAGAUCAAGAUCAUUGAUGGGCUUAAACCCGGCUGGAUCAAGCAGAUCAUCACACAGGAUCCCACCAGCGCCCUGGCCAAGCGAGGGAUGGAAGGGGAGGGUGACAUUGGCGCUGCGGUGGGCAUGAGUCGAGCCAAUUCGGCUGGGGAGCAAGUGGACCUAUUGAAUCCGGUUGAGGAUCUCCAUGGUCGCAGCGAAGACUCCCAGAUGACCGAUACCUUGCCCUCGUCGAAGAUGAGCCUGGGGAUGUUUCUACCGGAUGCGACGAGACGGCGCAAGCUCGUGUUGAAUGGGGAUCUUGACCAAAGCACCCAGUCUCGGCAGGAUGAUAUCGCGGUGCAGGAGCAAACGUUUGACCUGCUGCGCAAUCUCAUCUGUGGGGAUCAUGCAUCAGAGGUGGUCGACCACAUCUUCAAGGAGAUUGGGCAAGAUAUCAUCCUCGACGCGCUGGCGGAUAAGCUCCGAUCCCGCUCGAUUCACCUUCCCCAUCGACGGGAGUCCGCAGCCAGCCGGGCGCUUUAUGUCCCUACUGAGAUUUUGAUCUCGGUAACCUUUGUCAUCAUCCACCUUGCCGCUCUCCCAUUGCAUCGUCAAGUUCUGAUUACACAUCCAACGCUCUUGCAAUACCUUAUGUGGUACUUUAAUCAUAGUCAUCGGGAUGUGCGAACGAACUGCAUCUGGGUUGUCAUUAAUCUUACCUCAGAAGACGACCCCGACGAGAAAAAAGAAUGUCGUGAACGAGCGAUGAAGUUACGGUCUCUCGGGGUGAUGGAUCGGCUGAACAGUCUGCUGGAUGACCCCGACCUGGACGUCCGCGAGCGAACCAAGGUUGCAGAACAUCAGAUCACUCAGUUGACUCAUGCAUAG